AUCUCCAGCAGUGGAGUCGGGGUCGGGUGCCCGGCGACCGCGAGCUGGCUCUCCCACGCCUCCCGGCUAGUCGUAAAGUGCGGCAAAAGGCGCCUGCGUUUUGCGGCGCCGUAGGUGGGGCCGGCAGCGUGGGACCUGGCUCGGCGCAGCUCUACCGCGUCGGAGCUGCUUCACCGGAAAGGCCUGCUGCAAUUAGGACUUGGUGGAGCACAGGGGACCAGCUAGCAUUCUCUCAUCGGGUAAUUGGACCCAACUGUCACCCAGUUCGAAAUGCUUUACCUGAUCGGCUUGGGUCUGGGAGAUGCCAAGGACAUCACAGUGAAGGGCCUGGAAGUUGUAAGACGCUGCAGUCGAGUGUAUCUGGAAGCCUACACCUCAGUCCUGACUGUAGGGAAGGAAUCCCUGGAAGACUUUUAUGGAAGAAAAUUGAUUCUUGCUGAUAGAGAAGAAGUGGAACAAGAAGCAGAUAAUAUUUUAAAGGAUGCUGAUGUCAGUGAUGUUGCAUUCCUUGUGGUUGGUGAUCCAUUUGGAGCUACGACACAUAGUGAUCUUAUUCUGAGAGCAGCAAAGUUGGGAAUCCCUUAUCGUGUUAUACAUAAUGCCUCCAUCAUGAAUGCUGUAGGCUGCUGUGGUUUACAGUUAUAUAAAUUUGGCGAGACAGUUUCUAUUGUUUUUUGGACAGACACUUGGAGACCAGAAAGCUUUUUUGACAAAGUCAAAAAGAACAGACAGAAUGGCAUGCACACAUUAUGCUUACUAGACAUCAAAGUAAAGGAGCAGUCUUUGGAAAAUCUAAUCAAGGGCAGGAAGAUUUAUGAACCUCCUCGGUAUAUGCAUGUAAACCAAGCAGCCCAGCAACUUCUGGAAAUUGUUCAAAAUCAAAGAUUACGAGGAGAAGAACCAGCAAUCACAGAGGAGACACUCUGUGUUGGCUUAGCCAGGGUUGGAGCUGAAGACCAAAAAAUAGUAGCAGGCACUUUACAACAGAUGUGUACUGUGGACUUGGGAGAACCAUUGCAUUCCUUGGUUAUCACAGGAGGCAGUUUGCAUCCACUUGAGAUGGAGAUGCUAAGUCUGUUUUCCAUACCAGAAAAUACCUCAGAAUCCCAAAGCAUCGAUGGACUCUGAACAUGGACAUUUUCUACUCUGGCACAUUAAUUUCAGUUAGAUAUGGAUAUACACAUCUUUGUAUAACAAAUUAAGCAGGUCUUUUGUUUUAACUAGUAAAUAUGAAACAAAUAAGCAAGAAGAAAAAAACCAACAAUGCUUGAUUUCCUGUGGCAGUAAGUUUUUCCCCAUGUUAUCAUCAGUUGUUGCUAUUUUUUCAGCUUUUCAAGAUGUACACACAUGGAGCAAGUUAAGCUGGAAAACUUGUAAAUUGACAUCCAUAGAAUCAUUUUAAAAGCGGAUUUUGUUUUUGAGAGCAGUAAUAUAAGGUAGUUGGUGCAGAGUAUAACUUAGAGGUAGGUGGAAGGUGAAUCACUUGAAUCCUAGUUUUAAAGGGUAAGAAAUGUAGGAGUGGAAAGUAAAGCAAAUAAAAGAACUGGUAACAAA